AGUAGAGCUCCGUGUGUCACAGCCAAAGAGAGAGAGAGAGAAACCCCUGAUGCAGACUGCGCCGUAAUCUUAGUUUUUAACAUUCAAAGAUGAGGAAUGAGAAACAGAAGUAAAAGCAAAAACAGCCUCACAUCUCACCUGAACUGAUUCCGGCGACCACAGACUCGUUUUAGCUCACAGAAGGAGGCAGUCAUGGAGCAGCAGCAGCGGGAUCUCACCAUGAGUCUGUCCAUCACCUCGACCACCACCGGCGGCCCUGUGGAGCUCACUGUCCCCCGAGGGGAGACUGUUGACGGACUGAGGACACGUAUCUCCCAAAAACUCAGACUGCCACGAAACAGAACCGUGCUCCUGCACAAAGACCGGCAGCUGACUGCAGGCAAACUGCUGGAGCUGGGAGUGAAAGAUGGCAGCAAACUGACCCUGGUUCCUGUCAUUGAAGCCGGUUUAGUUUUCUCCAAUGCCAGAACUGAGAGGACGAUGAUGGACGUUUUGGAAAGUUUAACAGAAAGUCAGAUCAGUGACUUUCUGUCUGGGCAGUCACAUCUGACCAUCAGCUUGGGAAUCGGUGGUCACGUGAUGUACGUGCAGCUCCAGCUGUCAGCACAGGAUGUGAAGACGCUGCAGCAGAAUGGGGAUGUGAGACUUCGGAGCAGCAAAGUUCAAUCUGGGCCGCCAACAGCUGGCAGUGUGAUCCGCCCUGGCUCUGCCUCAGUCUCGUCCUCCACUGACAGCACAGGUUCCACUACCUCACCUGCUACCCAAACCUCUUCUCCGGUCCCAGGGUCUUAUGUCCCUGCAUCCCCAGUCCACCUCAACCCUCAACAACCCUUUGACUCCGCUUCCUCCUCCCACUCGUCCACCUCAGUGCCUUCUAUGAAGUGUCACCAACACUCAUCUCUACCUCACUCCUGUCACUCUGUACACACCUCUCUGUCUGGUUGUCCACAUCCCAGCUGUCCACGACAAGCAGCCACACCAGUCUGCUCACCUGCUCCCACUGGCUCCAGUGCCGGACCCCCAAGCCCUGUUCCAGCCUCAACUUUUGAAAAGAGUAAUGUUCAGGUGACAUCAACUGCAGAGCUGUGCAAGCCGCCAGGAGCUGUCAUAGAGAGUUUUGUGAGCCACUCUCCAGGUGUCUUCUCUGGGACAUUCUCUGGCACCCUGGCUCCUCACAGUCAGAGUGGCAUCAGCCACCCUCAACGUGGCAUCAGUAUCAUUCUCCAGAUUCUCAGCGACCUCCUCAGAGCUGCCUUUUACCACCAGGGGGCGCCACCCACACUUCCUGAACACCACUUCCCUGUGAGAAGGGAAGUGAACCCAGAGGAGGAAACCAGCAAAACCAGAAGCAAGGAGACCCUCCACUCGUCCACCGAGGAGGAUCAAACCUUGCAUUGUAAGUUGGAGCAUCUCCAGUCUUUGAUGCAUCAGCGUCGUCUUCGCAGACUAACGCGCUCACACCUCCCACAAACGUCUCACCCGUACCAACGUCAACAGCAUCUCUGACCCCUGAACCGAAAGUGUCCACUCGCUGUGACCGCGUCGACAGCCUGCUGAAGAGCAAAGGACCUUUAACUGAAAUCAAAAUGAAUUGUGAAACUGGUGAAAUAACUGUGGAGUUCACUGUGAGUCUCUUAAAGCUUCUUAGUGGGAGAUGAUUCGUUGGCAUUUUUUAUACUGUGAGUAUUUCUGAGGAAUGUAAGCAGAAACAGGUUCGAUGUCUCCCUGUGGUUGUAAUUGCCCUGAGCAUGUUAUUUCACAUAGGUCUGUCAGAGACAAUGGCUCAUUGUCACUACAUAUGUAGCAUAAACCACAGAAUACUGUUGUGAAAGUGUUUUAUGUUAUACGUCUGUGUUUGUACAAAAACCCUUGUUUUGUGUUUUAUGUAUCAAUGCCUUAACUAUACAUGUCUUGAAUGUAAUCUGUAUGUUUUGAUCUGUGUAGAGAAUGUCGCUUUAAAUUCAGUAGUAAAAAAGAUAUGCAAAGAAUAAAGGAAAUGUCAUCCAGUUACAGGCAUAUUUCAUGUCA